CUCUUACGUGGUUCAUUGUGGCACAACAAACCCCCUGUUCCCACCUGCGCUCGGCAGGUCCCCCCCUGAAAGCCUCCCGGACCCCCCCGCGCCGCUGAAGGACCCGCGGCUGCGCGUCACGCGCGGAGAACGUCGGUGUUCGUCCGGUAACGCAGCCGAGCUCGUCCCGUCCUCCGGCGCGCAUGGCGGACUCGGGGAGGGGGCUGCACCUGCCGUGAGGACGACGCUCCGCCGGAGCGCGCGGGACCGGAGCAGCCUUCCCCCCCACCCCUCCCUCCCGCGCGGGGCUCGGAGGAUGACAGCUGACCGCCCCUCCUGGAUGCAAAGCCGCUCCACCUGAACCUCAUCCGGUACCGGCGGCGCUUCCCGCCAGCCUGUGAAUUCCCGGGAACAUGAUCCGAGCAUCACGUCCAUGCACGCGCGGAAAGUGAGCAGCUGCUGCGCGGCGCUAAACCUCCGUCCGGCGGGAUGAUCCCGCGAAGCCGGUAGACUAAUGAGCGCCGCCGUGUCGGCAGAGGCUCGAGCGCGGAGGAUUUGAGCAGAUUAUCGCUGCCCCCCCCCUGCAGGACCGACCUGAUCCUCAGCCUUUUACCGCCGGCUGUCCGUCACAUGAGCGCCCGGGAGGGAGGCGGCCGCUCCCGCGCGGGGGACGCUCUGAUGUCCCACCCUGGAUGUCCGGGACGCAGGCGCGCCUCGCGGCUGUAGGUGACGUUCCCGCGCCUCGCAGGAGGACCGGCGGUGCGCGCGGACUCGCCCCGGUAGAGGCAGAGCCGUCUCCCCGUGACCCCCCCGUGUCCGUCCGGAGGAUGCUCCCGCCAGGAUGCUGCGCGUUCCCGUGAAGAAGAUCCGGAAGCAGUUCAAGCUGCUGCUGCUGCUCGUGCUGCUCACGUCCGCCGUGUGGUUCACGUACCUGCACAUCCACCAGGGCAGGAGCAUCCGGCUGCCCUUCAGCUACGGAAAAGAUGGAGAUCGGCAGACUGACGGGACAGACACCAGUCGAAAGAGGGAUGCUCGCUCCUCAGCAGGACACCCCAAGAGCGAAGACGCCAGUGACAGCCGGGAGGACGAGGCACCAGAUGACGAGACAAUCGCUGCAGGAGCUGAAGGCCGAGACCACGCCCACAUCCGCAAAUUCCUGAGUCAGCAGAACAAAAAAACGACCUGGAAAGCAGAGUUUAAGGGGCAGGCCAACCUUCACGUGUUUGAGGACUGGUGCGGCUCCUCCAUAAGACAGCUCCGCAAGAACCUGCACUUCCCCCUGUAUCCUCAUACAAGAACUACGAUAAAGAAACUGGCAGUGGCUCCAAGGUGGAAGAACUACGGCCUGAGGAUAUUUGGCUUCCUCCAUCCUUACCGGGACGGUGACUUCCAGUUCUCCGUUUCGUCAGAUGAUAACUCUGAGUUCUGGCUGAGUCUAGACGAGAGUCCUCUCAACGCCCGGCUGCUGGUUUAUGUGGGACAGCUUGGUACAGAGUGGACGGCUCCAGGCGAGUUCAACAAGUUCAGGUCCCAGUCCUCCAAGUCUGUUCACCUGAUGUCAUCCAGAAGAUACUACUUUGAGAUCCUUCACAAGCAGGAUGACAAGGGCUCCGACCACGUGGAGGUUGGGUGGCGUCCGUUCCUCCCUGGUCUUAAAUAUGAAGUGAUAGACUCCGCCUACAUCUCUCUGUAUGCAGACGAGUCCAGUCUGAAGAUGAACAGUGUGGAGCACAUCCCCCAGACCCUGGCCAGCCACAUGCGCCUCCCUCAGGGGUCUGGGCCUCAGGGUCCAGAGGGAGGCGCUGUCACGCUGCAUGGAGCCGACAUGCUGAAGCCGGAUCCCAGAGACACCUUCCACCGCAUCCCCAUGAUUGAUCCCUCCCACCUGGACAACGUUCUUCCGUCUUGUAUCUACUCUCCAACCUAUGUGGUCAAAGAUUUUCCCAUUGCCAGAUACCAGGGGCUGCAGUUUGUGUACUUGUCGUUUGUUUACCCGAACGACUUCACUCGUCUAACACACAUGGAGCGAGAGAACAAGUGCUUCUACAGGGAGUCCCCCAUCUACCUGGAGAAGUUUGGUUUCUACAAAUACAUGAAGAUGGACGAAGAGGAGGAGGACAGGUUGUUCUUCUUCCCCAACCCAGAAGACUUCAUGGAGGAGGAGGUGGUCGACACUGAAGAUGAGGCGGAGAUCGUCGGAACUCAGUCACCUAAAGGACACUCCCAUUCACCUUCUAGCCCCGCCCAGCAGCAAUCUAAGAAUUUGGCUCCGCCUACAGGUGGAGAGAAGGAGGAGGAGGAAGAAAACCCCCGAGAAGCAGACGAAGACGCCAUUGGGAAUGUAACCCCUCCCAAAGGAAUAAAGCAGUUUCCGGGAAGGCCCACAGCGAUAGGGGAGGGGCCAGACAGAGAUUUUGGGGGGGGUGACCCAGGUGUAAAGCAAAGCACGGACACUUUGUUUAAACGACGCUCUUUGUCCUGGAUCGACCCUCCCGCCCCAAUCCGUAAAGACCGGUGGAAACAGACGGAGCUUGAAACGCCAAAGCUCAGCAAGUCCUCACUUCUGUACCCCCCCAAGCCCCCCUUCCCCGCCGUCACCAGACAGAUUUCCAGUAACUCUGUCCAUCACAAGCCCCCCCACAGUUAUGACCCCGCCCUCUCCAGGAACAAAAAAGAGAAAAGAGACGAGAACAAGAUCUACAUCACCAGACCUCGAUCCACCAAGGAGCGAGGAAAAGAGGGGGGGCUGUGGCGGGACCGGCGGGGGGAUCAGGCGUCCCGCCGCCCUCGAGAGGUCUUUCCAGGAGUCUUUCUCUACCAAACGGGUAAGACCACCAGGCUGGUCCAUCUGGGGGCCAAAGGACCCGGUGGGCUUGGUGUGACGGGGAUUCGCCGUCUCAUUGGUGGCCCCCCGCUCUGGCCGAACCCCCCCGUUAAGGAAGGUAAGGCCCGGCAUCACAGUCAGAGCAAAGAGAGGCGGGACGGCGGGACCGAUCCACCUGAAAAAGACCCCCCACUGAUCUUACAGUCCCACCACCAAGAUCCCCCCCCUGCUCCAACCCCCCCACAGAGACCCGACGCCACAAGGAGAGCAUCUGACCAUCAGGAGCGGGUCACUUCUUACCUCAGAACCUCCGAAAUUACAGAACCGCAUCUGGAAACAAACCGCUCCAUUUCCAACCCGGACGCAGAGCCGGAACCAGAGGAGGGCGAGAUGUCCGACUACAGCUACGAAGAGGUGGAGGGCCGGCCGGGUUGGGCGGAGGAGAGCAUCAACUGGCAGAGGACGUUCUCGGUCAACCCCAACGACUUUGAGAUGCUGCGCUCCGACUGGAACGACCUGCGCUGCAACGUGUCCGGGAAUCUCCAGCUGGCAGAGAGCGAAGUGGUGGACGUGCUGGCUCAGUUCAUGGAGAAGCUCAACGAGCGCAACGGGGGGAUCUACACUCUGCUGCGGAUAAUCAACGUGGAGAAGCGGCGGGACUCUGCCCGAGGAAACCGCUACCUGGUGGAGCUGGAGCUGAUGGAGAGGGGCCGCAGCGUGGUGCGCCUCUCAGAGUACAUUUACCUGCUGCUCCACCGCAGCAGGCAGGGCGACGAAAGCCAAGAGAACACAGACUCCGCCCCGGCGUCGCCCCCCUCUGCAGCCACAUCCGCUCUCACCACCCCGCCCUCACAUCCUCCCAGCAGCUCCUCCGCCCGAGCCCUGGCGACGCCGGGGAGCACCGCUUACGCCAAGCCUCUCCUCUGCCAGCCGCUCAUGCUGCGGUGGAGGAGGGACGUGAUGGUGCACUUUGUGGUGCCCGUGAAGAACCAGGCCCGCUGGGUGCAGCAGUUUAUCUCAGACAUGGAGGAGCUCCACAGGCAGACGAACGACGAGAACUUCAGCAUCAUCAUCGUGGACUUCGAGAGCGAGGACAUGGACGUGGAAAAGGCGCUGCGGGAGAGCAGCGUGCCCAGGUACGAGUACCUCAGACGGGGGGGCAACUUCGAGCGUUCGGCCGGCCUGCAGAUCGGAGUGGACACCAUCGAGGACAGCCACAGCAUCGUGUUUCUGUGCGACCUGCACAUCCACUUCCCCCCCAACAUCCUGGAGAGCAUCCGGAAACACUGCGUGGAGGGCCGCCUGGCCUUUGCCCCCAUCGUGAUGAGACUCAGCUGUGGGAGCUCGCCUUUGGAGCCCGACGGUUACUGGGAGGUGAACGGCUUUGGCCUGUUCGGAAUCUACAAAUCCGACUUUGACAAAGUCGGAGGAAUGAACACGGAAGAGUUCAAGGACCGGUGGGGAGGAGAGGACUGGGAACUGCUGGACAGGGUCAUGCAGAAUGGUUUGGAGGUGGAGCGACUGCGCCUCAGGAACUUCUUUCACUACUACCACUCCAAACGAGGGAUGUGGAACGCCCAGAACAAGAAACCGCUGAAGGGACUGCGCUCUCUGCCGCUGGGAGGCUCCUAAGACCUCCUGCAGACCCGCCAGUGGGAGCGCGCUCACUGCCUGAACUGCCUUCUAGACACAGUCAGGACGCUGUUGAUCCAUCCAGACUGGGUGGGUGUUGGUCUGUGGGAGGAGCCAAAGCCAGAACCGGAGGUUUGGUUUCAGCAGACGGACUGAAGUUCUGACUUCACCCAACGACUGAACUGUCAGAGAACCCUGACGGUCAAACUCUGUUUCAGUUUUCAGCAAAACUUUUUCAGACAAAGUGGAAGCAGCUGUUUUAGAUCUGUGUGCGUGUGAGAGAGAGAGUUUGUGUGUGUUUGUGUGAGAGUGUGUGUGUUUAUGAAGCACUUUUGUCAGACAUCAAAAGUCUUUUUCUAAAGUUCGUAGCAGAUUUUGUUCUAAAGUUGAAAACAUUCUAUCUUUUUUUCUGAAAAACAGAAGCUUUCAUUUAAGGAUAGUUUGGAGUUUUUAUGCCAUUUGUUGGACUAAUCCAGAUUAAAAUGGUGCUCAUCUGAAAUGGAUUAAAGGAACCACAUACAUUUUUAAAAUCCUGUUUUUUCCAAACUGACAACAGAUUGAAAAUCUCUGAUCUUCCCGUUUGUCGGUCGGCGUCCUCGUCUUCAUUUUUCUAGUUUUUUCUGUUUGAAAACAUUCUUUGGUUUUGUUCCAAUGAGUUAUUCAGACGAUUUAUUGUUUUUCCAUGAUCAGAUUUCAUUUUUCAGAAUGGUUUUGUUCUAUUCAGCCUUGACAGCAGCAUCUAUGAGGUCAGAGUUUCCACGGUAACGCCCCACAGACAAGAAUGCUGAGCUGUCAUGUUCUGUUCAAACGCCGCCGCUGCGAGGCAGCACUGCUUCACAAAUGUGUGCCUUUAUCAGAGUUUGACCCUUUCCGAGAGGGCGGGGGCAGACAUUAACCUUCAUCAUCAUCAUCACGUCACUGGAAUGUUACCCAUUCAGGGUGUUUGCAGUAACCUGUGCUCAUUCCCAGAAGAAUCCAAGGACAGAAAGUCCAUAUUGUGAAUUCUGACCAAUGGAAGCUCAGCUUCAGGAGCAGCUUCAUUCUAACAACCCCCCCACCACACUGUGGCUGAGGAGCAGGAAACUCUUCAUGUGAUGGUUCUUUUGACUGGAAGAAGCUCCAGCAUUCAUAAGUGUUCAUGCAGGAUGGUCAUCGUCUCAUAUUUACUGAGUAAGAUCCUCGGUUUCUUCAGAACUUCAGUUGGAAAACGAGCGACGGAGAACUUCCACGCCGCACUCUAAAGUUAACUAAAGAAAUUAUGGGUUUCUUACAUUCCAGAGUAAUUUCUGUGAAAUUGUUUUGUAGAGAUGGUUUUCAGAAUGUAUGUACCUUUAUUUGAUUUUUGUUUUUUCAAAUAAAAUUUUAACCUUACAUUAAAA